UCCAAUUCUAUCAACAAAUCUUCUCUCCCUCUCUCCCCCAUUCAAUCAAGCAAGUUAAGAAGGACAAGAAAUGUUAAGAAUUCACAUCAUCCAACUGAUCUGCCUGCAAAAAGAAAAUAAAUGAGUCAAUAAAGGGCACAAAUUACAAUAAUCUCAUAAAUUCCCGCGGGAAGGUCCCAAAUCCUGAUAGAAAAGAAGUUACAACCGAAUUAACAAUUGGUUCGAAUUCACAAGAGAAGUUGUGAGAUUGAAUCAGCGUUUCAAAAAAUUUCAGCAUUCUGAGAAACUCGCAGGGUGAAAUUUGCAUAAGAAUUGACAUAUGCGUGAGCUCCCCAAUUCGAUUCAAGGAUAAAGUAAGGAUCUUGCGAAGAACAGCUAUGACGAACGGGCUGCAACGGGCCGGAUUCAUAGUGGGCGCUUGGUUUCGGAAGAAGAUCGGCGACCCUCUUCUCCAAAUCCUCCGCAGGGGAGCUGAGCCUAAGCAAUUGGCAUUCUCCGCUGCUCUUGGCUUGACCUUGGGAAUCUUCCCCAUUUGCGGUGUUGCUGUAUUUCUAUGUGGACUGGCUAUUGCAUUACUUGGACCUCUGUGUCAUGCUCCAACAGUGAUGCUGGCUAACUUUGUUGCUACCCCAAUUGAAUUGAGUCUAAUCAUCCCAUUCUUGCGACUUGGCGAAUCAAUUACUGGUGGCUCACAUUUUCCUUUGACCUCUGAUGCACUAAAGAAGGUUUUCACUGGCGAGGCUUCACAGGAACUCUUGUUCAGUAUUUUCCGUGCGCUGUUGGGGUGGCUUAUCUCUACACCAUUCGUCCUGGCAUUCCUAUAUGUGCUGUUUUUGCCCUUCUUUGCGAUCUUGGUACGCAAGUUCAGUGCGGUUCCUGCAAGCCCGAAAACUCCAUUACUUCAAACCCCUACCGAGUUUAACGUCAAGGUGAGAGAUGUAUGAUUAACGUUUUAACCAGGGUUAGGGAUUGUUUAUCGCAUGACCAUAUGAAACAAAACCGUGUUUUAUUGCAUUUGUUUGUAUAUAGAACUUUGAAGAGCCUAGUUUAUGUGUAUAUGUAUGAAGCUUAUGCUGCCAAAACUGAUAGUCUCAUACUGCUACUAUGCUGCAUCUUUCUAAGAUGUAUGAUUAUCCAUUGCCCUUUAAAUUCAUUGAGAAUAUUGUGUCAAAAA